CGAGUGGGCCGGGGAGAGGGCAUCUCAAGAGGGAGAGAGAGGGGGAGAGGAAAGAGAAACAAAAAGAGAGGGAGAGAUAUAGGGAGAGAGCAAAUGAGAGAGGGAGAGAUGGAGAGAAGGGAAGAGAGCAUGGGAGAAGGAGAUAGAGAGGAGGAGAGAGAUAGGGUGAAAGAGAGCUUUGGAGAGAGAAUGGGAGAGGAAGGGAGAGGGAAAAGAGAGAGGGUGGGAAAGAGAUCUUAG